AUGGAGCCGGAGCCCUACGUCGACUCGGCGUGGAAGGAAGCGGCCAUGCUCCCACUCCCAGGCUCUAUUUCCUCUGGGCCGCAAGGCUACAGAGUAACUUACAAUCAGCUCAUGGAUAAGUAUUGGCACGCAAUUUCCGUACAGCCUCAGUCCUCAAUGAUCGGAACCCGACGACUCACCGCUCCCGGUUCCUUUAUCAAGAUCAUUGGAGUUUGGGCAAAGGUCCAGCUUCUCUGCAAAGACCGUCCAUUGUCCAUUACCAGCGGGGAGCUGACAUCUGUACAUCACUUUUCACAUUUGGCCACUAUACUCUUUCAGGACGCUACGUCUACGCGAGACACUUACCCUCAAGAUUAUGAUACAAUCGAAGCGCAGAACCUUUGCCUCUUUCACGAUGCCGUUUACCAUCAAUGCCAGAUCGUCCUGCACUCUCUGAUUGUGCCACUAUUCUCCGGAAUCCCUGCUGAUCGCAACAUCGAUAACCAUCGUCAGGAACAGAUCAGAGCAGCGGAAACAGUCAUGAACCAUGCAGACUUGCUUGCACGGCUACUGGCUCCUUAUCUUCAUGGCGAAGAAGAUGUUUCGCGUCUGCCUCCUCUUAUCGGCUAUGGUGCCUUUGUGGUGGGAAUGGUGUUCCUCUCCACAGAGGCUGCUCGGCGCAACCAGGUAACGACGGAAGUGCCCGUCGAUACCGAUAAAAAUGGCGAUAGGCUGCUUGUUAUCAGAGACAUAGUGCGGGCGUUGGACAUAUUGAGAGCAUCCUGGAGAGCCCUGCAGCAACCGGCAAUGGGAAGUCCUCAGCUCAGCGUUGCAGCCCUACAGCUCGAAAUUGUCCGGCCCACGACACGAACAAGCACCGUCGGGAAGUAA